AACUUUUAACUCGUGUUAGUGUUGUUAAAAUAGAAGAAAAAUGUUUUGUGUACGUAAAAGUUUACUUAAGUUAAGUAAUGUUUUAAAAAGACAAUACUCUACGUUUAAAAAUACUGAUAUUGUUAACAAUAAAUUAAUCGAUAUAUCAGACGAGAUGAAAGACUGUUUAAUAAGAAAUGGACCUUGCGUUGCACUAGAAUCAACUAUUGUAACACAUGGUAUGCCAUUUCCCGCCAAUUUAGAGUGUGCACAUGCAGUUGAAAAUAUCAUACGUGAACAGGGUGCGAUACCAGCAACAAUUGCAAUAAUCAAAGGUCGAAUAAAAGUUGGAGUUACUGCAGAUGAGUUACAAUACUUGGCUGAUGUAAAUACGAAUAAAUCAUUGAAAGUGUCGCGGCGUGAUUUUCCUUAUGUAAUAAGUAAUCGUUUAAAUGGAGGCACUACUGUUGCCGGUACAAUCAUUGUUGCUACUCAUGUUGGUAUUCCUGUGUUUGUGACUGGAGGUGUAGGUGGCGUUCAUCGAAAUGCUGAAAAUACAUUUGAUAUUUCAGCAGAUUUAACUGAACUUGGAAGAAAUAAUAUUGCAGUCGUUUCCAGUGGAGUAAAAUCGAUAUUAGAUAUUCCGAAAACAUUAGAGUAUUUGGAAACUCAAGGUGUUAGUGUAACAGUGAUAAACGAUAAUAAAGAUUUUCCAUCAUUUUAUUCUCGUACCAGUGGAUGUCAAACAUUAUAUAAUAUAACAACACCCCGUCAAGCAGCUGAAUUGAUUUAUACAUCACAAUCAUUAAAUUUACAAUCUGGUAUGAUGUUUGCUGUACCAAUACCACAAGAUCAUGCAUUGGAUUCAAUUUUAUUAGAGAAUGUUAUACAAGAAUCGUUGGCUGUUGCGAAGGAACGUAAUAUUAAAGGCAAAGAUGUUACGCCAUUUUUAUUAAAACAAAUUGUUGGUAUUACAAAAGGAAAAUCAUUAGAGAGUAAUAUAGCGUUAAUUAAAAAUAAUGCAAAGAUUGGAGCACAAAUUGCUCUUGAAUUAACUAAAUUAACAAAUUCAACGACACCCGAUACAAAGGCUCGACAAGCAGAUAGUAGUGAACCAGAACUAGGAACUCCUGUGAUUAUUGGUGGAGCUGUUGUGGAUUGUGCUGCUAAAGUGCGUGAACAAUCAAUUCAGUUGGACAGCUCAACGCAUGGUGCCUCAAUGACCAUAUCUGGAGGAGGAGUUGGUCGCAAUAUUUGUGAAGCAAUGACAAAAUUAGGUGCAAAUCCGCUUUUAAUUUCUGUUGUUGGGAAGGAUCCUCAUGCUGAAUUUUUAAAAAAGAUAACUUCCGAAAAAUGUUUUAAACAUGUUUUAAAAACGGACCAAUUUAAUACCGCACAAUAUAUGGUUCUUUGUGAUGCGAAUGGUGAAUGUAAACUUGGACUUGGUGACAUGGAUAUUUUCCAAUUAAUUACACCCGAAGUGAUAAGAUCAAAUGAAGAUUUGAUUAAAAAGAGUCCGAUAAUGAUUUUAGAUGCUAAUUUAAGCAAAGAAGCAAUGUUAGAAUCGUUGAAACUUGCCACAAAGCAUAAUAUACCUGUGUUCUAUGAACCAACUGACCUUCGUAAAGCAGGGAAGAUAUUUGAAAUAGGCUGCGAAAAUGGAAUUAGUUUUAUGUCACCAAACAUCAUGGAAUUAAGAAACAUAGCUAAAAUUUUGAAUAUCAAUUGUGAAAAAUCUCCAGACAAUAAUAUAAUUAUGGAAAUGGCCAAACUAGGCAAAUUAAUUACUUCUAAAAUUUCAUCGACCAUUAUUAUAACAUUAGGUUCAAAAGGAGUUUUAAUCGUAUCGAAACGUAAAGCUGAUCAAGCAUAUUUUAAAAAUAUGAAAUUUUUAAAAACUGCAGGACAAGAUGUUUAUGUGCGUUUAUAUCCAACAAUAGAAUUAAAUGAUAUAAUUAAUGUAAACGGGGCUGGUGAUUGUUGGGCAAGUGGUUUUAUUACGGGAAUGUUAGCAGGUUUAAGUGAGGAACAGUGUGUUGAAGUGGCAUUUAGAGCUUCUAAACGAGCGUUGUACUCAAAGAGUCCGGUUCCAGAUCGAUUAUUUCAAUUAAAAGAUGUAGAUUUAUCGUUAAAAUCGUCUUAUAAGACAUUAUGAUAAUUCUUAGCUCAAUACAUUUUCAAAUAAAUACUAGCAUAAAUGUUACUUCUAUAAGAUUACAUAAUAGAUAGGCUCAUUUAAAAAAAUCUAUAUGAGAUAUGGAGAUAUAUACCAUACCCAUUUUAAAUAACCCGACUGAAAAUUUGGAAAUAAACCGGUCAAGUUUCAAGCCGGUUAAAUCAAUAAGUCGAACUCGCACACAAAGGGUUCAGUACCAUCCAUCAGGAUAUAUCACUAUAUACACAUUUAAAAUACUUUUGUAAAAGAAACAAGAGAGGCGCUAUAUUAAUAUGUACAAAUUUUUUAAGUAAUAUUGUCUGAUU